AUGUCGACCGACGCAACCUUCUGCGUCGCCCGACGCAACUUCGAGACGGACGAUGGCGACGCGAAUCUCGACACCAGGUCGACACGAGCAAAGCGGACUCGACACAGACAUGCGUCGACCGACGCAGUUAUCCAAGGUCUAAGCAUGUUUUGGAGCACAAUUGGAGAUUUUGGAGCUAUUUGGAGCAUAUUUGGGGAAGCUGCUGGAAAACAAGACAAACAGACGAUUUCAGAGUCUUGCGUCGACCGACGCAAUUCAUCUGUGUCGGUCGACGCAAGUUUUCCCAGAAGUGCAGCGAUUAAUUUUAAAGACUUUUGA